UUUAUCAUAUGAUAAGUAUUACACAUACAUUUUUUUCACAUUUAGAGAUUUAGAGAAGGGGUCUUAUGAGUAGGCGCCUGAAGUUAAAGAGGCAGCAAUAUUGGCAUGUAUCGCGGCACAUUUCAAAGCAUUUUCUCUGCGAUAUUUGAAAACGGAGUCGUGCGGUGAACGCCUGCGUGUCCCUUUUAAAACAAACCCAGCGCCUGUCAAUCACAGCGCAUUCCAACCAAUCCCAAAGCUCCCUUUUUAAAAGCAGGUUUGCCUGCUGUGCUUUUAUAUUGCACCAUGGCCUGUUUCGAAGCAUUUUUACUACCACGGUUAUUGCCACAAAUCAAGAGGGCAAAGUGAACGGCAUGGGACUCACACCAACUUUAACGAAAUUGAGUCUGGUUCCUACUUCUGCGAAGUUCACAGCCAAGAAUUUCACAUGCAGAUGAUACACAAACAGGGAAAAUGGAAAGAGGAUUUCUAGGUGAAUCCUGAGUGCUGAAUUCGGUUGACUUUGCAAACUCCUAGCCAAACCAACAACAAAACAUGACAAGCCUUUCGAGGUUUAGUGGCUGCCCUCUCUCUUGCGUCAACCCCGGGGAGAGCAAUACUGAACCCAGCGUGGUGCUGCCACCUUUGGCAGGGGAGCACAUGGGACUCCCCACUGGCAGUUCCUUAAAACUCUGCCCCUCGCACAAUUUGCGAGACUACCACGAGACGAGGUCCAGUGCAUAUGUUGACCAUUCGUUUCCCAAUUCUUCAGACUCUGGAUACCCCAGCCACCGCUUAGAGCACAGCCCUAAGGGCAUUAUCAUUGGAGCCAAUCUUUCUGGAGGCGGCAUGGCACCCGUGACUGAUCAACUGGCAUCAAGAGCUAACCAACAUGGCGGGAUUGGAAGGUAUCGUGACUUUCCUGGCUACAGAGACAACAGAAGCCAUGCUUUUUUCUCAAGUUAUCAGGAGCAGGCCCACGCCUCCACCGACGCAUCUCGAGAUUUUGGCAGCCAGAUGAUGCUGGGUCUACCUGGCGACCUCCUCGGCCGGACGCACCCUUAUGGUCAAACUAUCAACCCCAAGGGAAACAGCCAGCAACUUGUCUCACAAUUCCUGGGUCUGUACAAACCCCUCAACAUGGCAAUUCAGCGUGGAGGAGGCGACGCUUUCCUCAGGUGCUCUAAACAAACAGUGAAGCUUGAGCUGGUGUGCAGGUGGAGUGACGGCCAAGAGGGGGCUGGCAAGCUGUGUUGCUCCAGAGCCUUCGGGACCAUGUAUGAACUUGUCACCCAUGUAACAGUGGAGCAUGUCGGAGGACCAGAUCACUCUGAAUACGUGUGUCACUGGGAGAAUUGUGUGAGGGACAGGAAGCCUUUCAAAGCCAAAUACAAGCUGGUGAACCACGUCAGAGUCCACACAGGGGAAAAGCCCUUUCCCUGCCCCUUUCACGGCUGUGAAAAAGUUUUUGCAAGAUCAGAAAACCUAAAGAUCCACAAGAGGACUCACACAGGUGAAAAACCUUUUAAAUGUGAGUUCGAGGGCUGCAACCGGAGGUUUGCGAACAGCAGCGACAGAAAGAAGCAUUCUCACGUGCACUCCAGUGACAAACCCUACAUGUGCAAGGUCAGGGGCUGCGACAAGUGUUACACCCACCCAAGCUCCCUGCGCAAGCAUAUGAAGCUCCACUGCAACAAGGCCCACGUCGCCAAAAGCGAUGACGCGCGUCCCGGGGACGGGGGUCACAUUGCGGAGGCCAGGUCAUCCCGAGUCCCCGAUGGAGCCCAUAUCAGCCCUCCUCACCCCCCCAUCUCAACUCAAGAAGUCCCCCUGUCCCCAGAGAGUCGAGAUGAUUCGACCUCGAGGUCACGUUUCCAUCACACGUUUGACAGCAGUUUGGACUACUCCACACACAGGUCACAGCCCCUCUUGGAUCCUUUGUUGCUACAAAGAGGCAGCUACAGGUCCCAGUCCUCUCAGUACCCCUGCGGCCAGACAGGUCACACUUUUGCCCAGAGCUCAAGGACUUUCCCCACCACUUCUCCCUUUCAGAAAAGUAUUGUCAACGGAUGGUACACAUGCCACAGCGGCGUGGACUCCUUCCCACCAAAGCAAUGUAACAACAUCCCGUCUCUGUGAGUUCCUGUUAGGACACAUGCGGGUGACCUAUCCUAUUUUUCGGGCCUAUUUUUUAUGUUAUAGGCUAAAACGUACAGCUGUAUCUAUAUUACUCUCUGUAUUUUUGUGAAUGUAGUAUCAAAUAUUUUGUGAAAAGUCCUGAGUCAUCCUAUUGAAAUAUUGCAUUGUGCAAUGUGGCGAGCUUUAUGUGUUGUGAGGCCUGUUUGGUUGGGUUUGGCUUGGAGCCACAUCUCCCCCCCUGUGGGUUAUAGGAACUUUUACAAAGUGUAUAUGCCUAAUUGUUCACUGUGUUGCGUAAUUAUUAAAGUUACCUAUCUUAAGUGAGACA